CGUGAGUCGGAUUCACACUUCAAGUUUCUCAAGCUUUUAUAGGAACAAGGACAGGGCCUUCCCAACGCGGGGUGGAGGGCCACAGCCACCGCUUUGAGUCCACACUGGGCUUAAAUACUUAGCUACUUCGACCGAUGAAGAACAGACUUUCUUGUUACUGAUCAUGCAGAUGCACUCUAACUGUUCCGCCGAGGUUGUUCGGUCGUCCUGGACAACCUGAUCUGGAUAUUGCGGGAAAGCUACAUACCAUACAACUAUGUAGGAAGUCGAUCAGUUGAAGUCGCCAGCUACUAUGCAUUGUUCCGCCGAGGUUGUUCGCUCGUCCUGGACUGCUUAACCUGGACCUUGCGCGAAGCUAGUCUAGGAAGAUUACUCUGAACUUGAACGAGAUCCUGUGCCUCUUCAACACCAUCCUCGAUUCAAACUUGUAUGAAGUGUGUUGUUGGGAAACGUGGAGGACCGGCCAAGGCGAGGCUUUUUGUGCAGGCCUAUCUAGGUAGGUAUAUAUAUUUGGAGAGUGAUCAAGCAGGUUUGUGAAUGUCUUGUCAAGUCUUGCCAAAAUUCCGAUCCCUUAUCAACAUGUCGCGAUAUCUAUACCUACUUACAUUACUACUAAUCUCCAUCUCCGUUUCCAUCGCCGAAGAUAAUGCCAAAGCUUGUCCACCAUGGGUGACUCCUUACCUCACGAACAUCCUGGUUAGACAUCCUGAAUUCCCAGGCGUACAAUUAGCUAUAUCUUUUCCGCGCUGUGGAAUCGAUUGCAAAACGAGCGUGAACUCCAACCUGAGCCAAUUCACCCAUGAGCCGCCUUACCUGGAGGACACUCCCUGGCGCAUUGCAAGCAUCACAAAGACAUUCACGGCCGCGGCAACCUUGCAGCUUGUUGAGGAAAACAAACUCAACCUUCACGCUCCAGUCGUCAAUUUCUAACCUGCGUGGGCUGUCAACUAUCUGGAACAAGAAGCACGAGCUUCAAACGCCAGCCAGAUCACCAGUUGGAUGCUCCUACACCACACAAGCGGACUGGGCGACCACGCCACAGAUCCACGGUAGACGGCAAAGGUUAUGGCGAAUCCCGAAUAUCGAUGGACCCAGCAGACUGUUCUUGCGUGGGCCGCAGCCAAUGUGACGGGUGUUGGGUUCCCCGGAGAACGAAAUCACUAUUCCGACACGGGGAACACCUACCUUGGCUUGGUCAUCGAAAAUGUGACGGAGCUAAACCUUGCAGAGGCUGGCCGCACGUUGCUCAGGCUCGAUACCCUCGACAUGCCAUCGACGUACUGGGAGAUCCUCGAGCCGACACCAACCCAAAAGCAAAACGAAAAGGUCCUCGAGCGGGCGGGUCAGUAUCUCCAAGGCAGGAUGCCACCCACGCCGACGCGAGCUUCGACUUGUACGGUGCAGGCGGCCUUGUAAGCAAUAGCGGGGACCUCAACUAUUUCACCAGGGCGCUUCACACGGGACGAGUGCUGAGCAACGCAUUUUUGCAGCUUAUGUUGACGACCGAGAAGACCGGCUAUUCGGGAUGUGGUAUAUUUAAUGAUACCUUUGCUGGUCAACAGGCUUGGGGUCAUCGUGGCUUCCGGGCCGCUUGGGCUUAUUACCUUCCGACUCUAGACUUGUAUAUCUCUGGGACCAAUGGCGUAGGUGGUGAUGGCUUGGACUUGAACCCACUGGUGCAAAGUGUUAUUGACCAUGGCUGUCUCCGGCUCAAUAUUGGAGAUGCGACGGACAUGGCUGGAUAGGAAAGAGGACUUGUUUUUCCCUCCCAUAUGGGAAAUAAUUUAGCACUGUUGGGUGUCCAUACCGUCAUUCGAAGACACUGGCCAUCACCACCUGCAGCAGAAGUCAAUGAGGCGGUUCAUUCGAAAGGAAAAGGUACUGUAAAAGACGAAUUUGAAUUGUUCUCUCCAAAAAGGC